UCCAGAUCGGAUGCAUCGAUGAGUUGUUCCAGGCACUUGCACUGCAUAAUGUUCAUGUGCCUUCCUUCUUCCUUCUUUUUGUGAACGCCCAACCAGCGGUGUUCAGUUGCCUGGGAGGAUGGUCUUACUUUCGUGCCUGCGCCGUAUUACAUGCAGACCUGCGUUUCAUGGGAGACGUCUCUGCGCUACUCGACCAUCGCAGUCCACCGAAAAUGUGGAGCUCUUCAAUGGCAAAGAGCUGCGGCCACUGUCUGACUUUCUGACGGAUGGGCACAGUCGAAUGCACAACUACCUGCGCAUCUCGCUAACGGAGCGCUGCAACUUGCGCUGUCAAUACUGUAUGCCCGAGGAAGGAGUUGACCUUACAGCACGCGACCAGCUUCUCUCCACUGAAGAGGUGAUUCGACUUGCUCGCCUGUUCGUCAGUCAAGGCGUCACUAAGAUUCGCCUGACUGGCGGCGAGCCACUGGUGCGACCUGACCUUGUUGACAUUGUCAGUGAGCUGUCGGCAAUACCGGGUCUCGACACAGUUUCUAUGACAACAAAUGGCCUAACACUUUGGCGGCAUGCUGCAGCGUUGAAGAAAGCUGGUCUUGGGCAAGUCAAUAUCAGUCUUGACACGCUACAGCCGGCAAAGUUUGAGUUUGUUACCAGGCGGAGAGGCUGGGACCGUGUGAUGAAGAGCCUUAACGAAUGCAUCUCUGUAGGGUUUGACCCUGUAAAGGUCAACUGUGUUGUUAUGAAUGGACUGAAUGAGGAUGAAGUGCUGGACUUUGUUGCGUUCACUGAAGAAAAGCCUGUUGACAUUCGGUUCAUUGAGUACAUGCCGUUUGAUGGCAACAAGUGGAACAAGAAGAAGUUCCUAUCCUACGCAGACAUGCUGUCGUCGAUCAAGAGCCGCUGGCCUAACCUAGAACGUCUUUCUGACAGCGCCAACGACACGUCAAAGGCCUAUCAAGUACCUGGGUUUGUUGGCAAGAUAGGCUUCAUCACCUCUAUGAGUGAGCACUUCUGCGGCACAUGCAAUCGUGUGCGUUUGACAGCGGAUGGCAACUUCAAGGUAUGUCUCUUUGGCAAUAGCGAGGUCUCAUUGCGUGACGCAAUACGUGAAGGUGCGUCGGAUGAUGAUCUACUGCAAGUCAUUGGAGCAGCGGUCAAGCGCAAAAAGGCACGCCAUGCUGGAAUGUUCAACAUUGCCAAGAUGAAGAACCGACCAAUGAUCCUGAUUGAUAGUGAACUACAUCAAGCUGCUCAAAGAUACCACUUCUCUAAUUUAUCUGCAUUUCACCGUGUACCUCAGACAGCUUCUUGGAAUCGUUUUGCUGCAAGAAGCCAAGCACUGAGAUACAAUCUCGCUGUGAGGUCCUCGGCAAGUGGCGCUGCCCGAGCAUAUCACUCUUCUGCGGUGAGAUGUGACAAGCUGACCCAUACAGAUGCAAGUGGUGCAGCUCGUAUGGUUGAUGUCGGGGACAAAGCAGCUACUCACCGCACAGCCGUUGCUCAGAGCAGAGUCAUGCUUGGUGCGGAUGUGUUCCAGCUGGUGCAAGGCAAUCAGCUAAAGAAGGGGGACGUCUUGUCGGUCUCUCGCCUCGCUGGCAUCAUGGCAGCCAAGCACACCCCACUGCUCAUUCCCCUGUGUCACAACAUUUCCAUAAGCCACUGCAACGUUGACCUAGCUCUCGACAGCAGUGACUGUUCUGUCCUCGUCACCGCCACCGUCUCCACGGGCCUAGCUCAAACAGGUGUGGAGAUGGAAGCACUCACUUCGGCUUCGGUCACUGCUCUUACUGUGUAUGACAUGUGCAAGGCCGCAUCCAAGGACAUUGUAAUCACCGAUGUGAAGCUUGUAAGCAAAACUGGUGGUAAAAGUGGUGACUACCGAAGAAGCUAAAAAUGAGUUCUGCUGUUGAAUUUCUUUUCUUUUUACUUAUUCAUUUUUGCACAUAUUCAACCAGGAUGCUGUUCCUGCAUCUACAAGUUCUCUCGUGUUUAUUUUUGCCAUUUCCUUUACACUUCGGAUGUCAUAAUAUUUCUUUUUGGUGAAUUCUAUUUAUGUUUAUUAGGUGGCAUGCAUGGUUUAGACAGUGCAAAUGCAAUUUUAGUCAUGCUGGUCAUGACUCUUUACUUUAGUGCCUUUCAUAUCCUUGAUCCAGUCAGUAGCUCUGCUGGUUGUGAACAUAUCCACCUGCACUCUCUUUGUCAAUUUCACUUUUUUAUUUUUAGGCUAUCAACCAAACUUACGUCUUUCACUAUAAACUAACAGCCACACAUCGAUGUAUUGCUAUGAUGUCAUACAUAUAAGGACUAUUUUGUGGUGAUAUAAGGACUAUUUUGUGGUCA